UUUUUGUUAAAAUUAUUGGGCUUGGCUUGAAUUGGGUCAAGGAUAGUUUGUAAACCGGUUAGUUUCACUUUUAUCUUUUGCCAUUUCAAAAUCAAUCAAAUAAACAAUUCUUCAAUAUGAUCAUCAUCACUUUAGCUUUGCCUAUUGUGAAUUGAUCAUCAUCAUCGUCGAAGAGCUUCUAGAUCGGGAUUAUCCUAUCACCUCCGAAUUACUAAAUCUUUCGUUCCGAUUACAGUUCAGAUUAGGUUUUUUGAAACUUCAUCAGAUAUUUAUCCAAUCUGUUGAUGCGAAUGGGACUCAAAUGUAACUAAGUGGUCGACUGCUUCAAAAAGUGCGAAGAUUUGGUUUUGAUUAUCAUAUUGGUGGUUUCUAGGAGAAUGAGAAUAGUGGGUCUAACGGGAGGCAUAGCGUCUGGGAAGAGUACAGUCUCCAACCUCUUCAAGGCUAAUGGCAUUCCUGUUGUUGAUGCUGAUGUCAUUGCUCGAAAUGUACUGAAGAAAGGAAGCGGUGGAUGGAAGAGAGUAGUUGCAGCUUUUGGGGAGGAGAUUCUUCUUCCUAGUAGAGAAGUGGAUCGGCCAAAGCUUGGUCAGAUGGUCUUCUCUUCCGAUUCCAAGCGCCAACUUCUCAACAAGUUGAUGGCUCCGUACAUAUCCUCUGGUAUCUUUUGGGAGAUCUUGAAAGAAUGGGUAAAAGGAGCUAAAGUAAUAGUUGUCGAUAUCCCAUUGCUGUUCGAAGCUAAGAUGGAUAAAUGGACUAAACCCAUUGUUGUUGUGUGGGUUAGUCAAGAGACACAGCUCACUAGACUGAUGGAGAGAGAUGGACUGAGUGAGGAAGAUGCAAGAAACAGAGUUAUGGCUCAGAUGUCUUUGGAUUUGAAAAGAGGCAAUGCUGAUAUUGUGAUUGAUAAUAAUGGCGGUCUCGACGAGCUCCACCAACAGUUUGACAAGGUUUUGUCUGAGAUCAGAAGACCAUUGACAUGGUUUGAGUUUUGGCGUUCAAGGCAAGGCGCCUUCUCGAUCCUUGGCUUGGUGACUUCGGGACUAUUUGUUUGCAAACAACUCAAUUAGCUCGUUGCCAUUUUCUAUUUUUUUUUCCUUUCUCUAUGGCGCAAAGUUAAACCACUUUUGUUUCUUAUUUAUAAUCAUCAUUACGACUUUCAUUUA